AUGAGCAUCAUUGAUAAGGAGUUUGAGCGCCUGAAGAAUAUGCGGGAGAUCCGUUUGAACAAAGACGUCAUGAAUUACCUCGAUCAAACACACAAAGAGAUCCAACUCAGGGGCAUAUGUAACCCCAGAGGCCCGCAUAAGAAGUCUCUCGUCCAUUUCGCCGCGAUGGGAGAUUGUACCUCUCUACUCCAAAGUAUGCUGGACGCCGGUGCUCCCGUUGGCGAUCGUGAUCAGAAUAAAUGA